AUGGAGGCGAAGGUGGUACCGAAUGGUAGACUGUAUAAUGGGUACAAACUGUUGAACGCCAUCUCAGAGGAGAACGGUCAGGAGGUGCAAGAACUUCUGAAAGGUGGUAACAUCGACUUCAAUGUUGACUAUCUUGGCGACAACGCCAUUCAUCUGGCUGCAAGGAAGGGGAACAUUGAUUACAUCAAACUUCUUCACAAGGCUGGCGUAGACUUACAACAGAAAAAUAUGCACGGCAACACGGCGAUGCACUACGCGGCCAGGGAUGGCUACCUUGACAUAGUGGACUACCUGAGGACUCAUAAGGUCGACAUGAACCCUCUCAACGAUCUGGACGGGGAAGCUCCCUUACACCUAGCAGUGAGAGAGCAAGCGAUGGAUGUUAUUGAGGCACUCGUAGAUCUCGGAAUGGAUCCGAACAUUAAAAACAAAGUGAGAGAUUCAGUGAAAACAUUACUAAACGUUUCUCUAACCUCCACAUCCAACCCCUAA